CAGGCUUGACUUUGCCCGCCACUUCCCCCCUCUGUGAUAGACUGACCUUGUCUUUAUACAGAUCAGUUCCUCUUCACGUCUAAGCUGACACCCCAUUCUGACUCGAGCGAAUGAAUCGGGCUAGCAGCGAGCGACGAAAUCGAAGGCAGCGAUCGCAGCGCGCCACGUGGGCCUGCGAGCGGUGCCGGAUUAAAAAGCUCCGAUGCACAGGUGGACACCCAUGCAGCGCAUGCCAUCGCGCGGGGAUUGACUGUGAUUUUGGAGAUCGACAUGACUCUAAUCUGAAUCUCUCCAUCACAAACCAACGACUUGCACAAUUAGAGACAACUGUCACGGCCUUGCUCGCCGCCACUGCCGCAGGCCCUCGGCCUCCCCCACGUUCACCGGGUGCAGCACCCAUUCAACCACCUUCGCACUGUUUGCCGUCAACAUUUCUCCUGUCCUCAGGGCAGCAACUGUCAGGCAGCAUACCGGCGUCGUCGAAUGCCCACCAUGGUCUCGCUUCGUCGGACCCAGGCGAGCCCAGGCCUUGCAUGCACACCCCAUCCUCUCUCGCACAUACGGUCACAGGCCCGGUCGACUCGCACGAAACGCCCUCUCAUGUCUCCCCGCUGGAUUAUCCUCACGAGCCUGCGGCGACGGCCGACCGGAUGCGCCGCUCUCCUCCUGGGGCAGGGCCCGAGGGACUCGAAUCGCGUUGGGCAGCGCUACAGCAGAAUCCCGCGCCAUUUCCCCCAUUGAUGUCCCAUCCUACUGUCUGGUCAGGCGAGUCGGUGAAGGACAGGACCGAUGGAGACGCGGCGACUCAACCCGCUCUGGGGAUGACUUCGUAUACAGCCAAAGUAGACUUACAUAGCGAGCCUGUUGCGAGCGGCAUUGUUUGCGAGCCUGUGGCGAGGUUGCUCUUCGCCCUAUUCUUUCAGAAAUGUCACUCAUCAUUCCCCAUCCUUGGCUCAACCGGAGGCCCGGAUGACAACUUUGACCGUAUGCGAUCGUCAUCACCUUUUCUCUUUACAGUCAUUCUAUCGAUAGCUGGCCGGUACUACCCGAAACAUCGAGAGACGCAGCCGGCUUCGUCAAUGCCGAAUAUUACCCCCGAGGCCCUGGAAGCUCUUGCUGAACUUGCGUGUGCACAUCUCGGGUUCGUCAUCUUCCGAAAACAACACCAGCUAUCCGACGUGCAAGCUACCUUGUUGCUAUCUGUCUGGAUCCCACGCGGGUACGGUCAGUCCGCAGACCAGUGGAUGGUCACAGGCAUCUGUACUCGCCUGGCGCAUCGCAUUGGAAUCCCUGAUACCUUCAGCCGACCGGCGAUCGCAACUUUCCUUGGCACAGAUGAUUUUGGCGACAGCGAUGUCCACGAAGUGAAUGACCUGCUGCGCCAGUGGCAUACUUGGCUGAUUAUAUACCAAUAUGACACGUCUCUUAGCCUUGGCUUCGGUCGUCCGCACGUUCCAGCCGCGAUCAUCCACACUCGGGACUAUCUCAACAUAGUGCGCAAGCUGGGUUCAUCAUCCGCCGUUGAUCUCGCAGCUGCGACCUAUGUGGUCAGCCUGGCGGAGCUUUGUACAAUCUCAACUGAGCUAAUUUCCGGUCUCCGUCUCGCGCGGUUACCGCCAAUGGCGGGCCAAGAUCAAGCUUCUCACGCAGCGAUCGGAUGGUCGAGGAUUUCGACUCUUCUAUCGGAACUCAAUCCACGAUUAGAUGAAUGGCAACGUCGCUGGACGUGGAAUGGUUCUUACGACGCAAUCUCCAUGGGCAAGUACAUCACGUUAUCCAAGAUCUACAGUGAACACACGCGAUUAUGCCUGAACUCGCUCUCGCUGAAUCUGCUCGCGGGCACUGGGACCCCGAGGCCACUAGCAAAUCCCAUGAUGCUGUCCAGUCUAGCGAAAGCUUGCGAGUCCGCCAUGACUUUGGUGCAAUUGUACGAUCAGACAGGUAACGGGGAGGCUAUCAUUCGAUACGGUGGAGAUUACCUGGUACUCAUUCUCGGUCAAGCGGCAAUAUUCCUCAUUCGAGCCCUUGUCGCUCGCCUCGAUCAACCACUACCCGUGGACCGUCUCGUACUGGAGCACUACCUCCGAAUCGCCAUGGCGUUAUUCGAAACAAACGACUUCUCCACGACCGGCGUCUGUGGCUGGAUGGCACAGCUGGUCCGCGCCUUGGCCCGCCAUGCCGGCGUAGCCCUGAACGGAGAGAGGGAGACGACCGAUGCAAACCCCACGCUACCAGACCCAAAUUGUGCACCACAGCUGGAAUGGGACUUCGAUAUAUCGUUGUCCAUGGGCCAGAAUAUUCUUUCCGGGGAGCCGGGGAUCAAUCUCGGGGAUUAUUUCGAUUUCGCGCAGUCGUCUUAUUUUCCCGCUGGGCCGGCGGCGAGGGGGACAGUGGAUUGAAUUCUGGUUGUCUUUUGCGUAGUGAUAGUGUGGACGGGGAGGGGGCGGGCGUUUAUGUGGUACCACUGGGGCUGUGGUUGUAUAUAUAGUUCGGGGAUGGACAGGGGGCCGCAGAGCGGUUGUGGGAC